GGUUGACGAUGUAGCUAGCUAGCUAGCCCAUACUACAAACAAACAGUUCUUCACGGUUUAAUGUGUAUCCGCGGUAAUUUUCCCGAGAAAAUACGGUUAUUGCUUUUCUUUACCUCAAAACCCCACUGGAACAUUACCGUCUGAUAGACCAAACUACCACAUUAUUAUUAUUAUUUUGUCAUGAGGAGAAACGAAAACCAGCCAAGACCAACGGCAGGCUGUCUGUCUGUUCCACUGUUUAACCAAAAGAAGCGGAGCAGAUUGCCCCUGACGUCCAAUCCCUCUGAGAGUGAAGUGUUCUCCGGAUACGAGAACAGAGACAUGCUGAGCUUCACUUCAACCAUCCAUCCGUCCAACAUUGCGAAAACUCCGCCAUCAACAAAUCGAGCACCUCUGGCUCAGAGAAGUCCGUGGAACCAGCAAACCACCCCACCACCUCUGCAAAGCAAAGUGUGGCCCACUGCUUCACCUGCUUCAACAGGAGGAGCAUACACACCUGUACCUCACCCGCAGAAGCGCACCUAUGCUUGGUCCCCAACGGGGCCACAGAGACCUCCAGGCAUACAGGAUUCCAUGGCAACAACCCCAAGUUUCAAGCAGAGUGGAUUUCCGAGUGGGAGUGCAACCACUCAAAUUCAGAAUAAAACUUUGACUGCCAAGCAACCCAUGAAGCAGCAGUCAUUUAGCCGAAACAUCAGUCUACCCAGAGGCUCCUUCGCCCCUUCAGAGCUCACAGCACGCAGUCAGGGACCUGCAGCUCCGAGCCAGAGCUCCCAGUGGAAGAUCAAAUCUGGUGGAGUUAGAGGAGGAACGUGGGUUGAGGACACUUUUGGUACUGAGAGCAGUACACAGCAGCAGGAAAAAGCACGACCCAAGAAAUCUCUGCGAAUCCUCACCGCUGUUAUAGAGGGCACGAAGCACUGGAGCCAGUUCAAGGACAAAAUUCCUAUGAUGUUUGAGAUUUUUGCCACUCUCGAUUCUGCAGUUACAAUCGGAAAAUUUGGUGCCAAGAACUUCCUAAUGAGGGAUGGGAAGGAUACAGUGCCAUGUGUCUACUACGAAAACGAUCAGGUGCUGCCGAGGCUGAUCCGGGGUCAGGUGCAUCGCUGUGUUGGGAAUUACGACAAACAGAAAAACGUUUUCACCUGCGUGUCAGUGCGGGCUGCCUCCCUGUCCGAGCAGAGAAACGCUCAAGAGGCCGUGAAAGCAUCAGACGCCGAGAUGAGAAACGAGGUCCGGGCGCUUUCUGAAAUGUGAUGUGAACGGACUGAGCAGGAAAGUUUUAUAGUUUCAAAGGUGUGUUUUCACUGAAGUUUAUUUCGGAGAUUAGCUAUAAUUGUCCAAAGCAGUGCUGAUAAAUCAGUUUGAUCAUUUAUCCGGUGGCUUUUUCAUCCAGGUUAUGUGCAUUUUUUUUUUUCUUCCAUGUUCUGUUAUCAGUUCAACUCUCAUAUAUGCUUUAAUGAAGUUCAGGACACAAAAAAGUCAGUUUUCUUUGUUAAUGAAACAUUUUAUUACAAAGAGAAAAACACACAACAGCAAGUCUUGUUAAGGUUCAGGGAAUAAACAAACACAAUUAUGAGGUAAUAUCUCAAAAUAGAUCUUCCAAAAUGGGAUCAACCUUUUUUUUUUUUCUUUUUGCAUGAACAGCCAUCUUACGUAAUUAUUUACAGCCAAAACCACACAAUGGAAAACUAAAAUACAACUGAUUUACAGAAUCAGAGUUCAGACCUCACACACACACACACACACACACACGCACGCACACACUAUUACAGACAAAAGGAAUCACUGUACCGAAGGUUAUUACAAUAACAGCGUCAUCCGAGUGCAUUUUGGGAACGUAUGCACGAGCACAUACAUCUUUUUAUCCUCAUUGGUGCUUAUCACAUAGUGUACGCCGGUAUUAUUGGUCAGUGUGUUCUGCUGUUUAAAAAAAAAAAAAACCCAUCUUUUAAAGUUUCCACUUGCUCACAGUUUGGGAUAGAAUUUGUUCAGCUGGGUUUGUUUAGAGCCAAAUGCCACUGCAUGCUUAAUCACAUUAAUAACAGGAAAGUAGAAAGUCUUAGCUGAAGACUGAAUAUACUCAUUUAGCAAUUCUGAAAAUGCAUCACACGAAAAGAUACCAAGAGGAGAAACGCAAAUGAGGGCCAAGUUCAGGUUAUUGAGCAUCUCAAUUUUGUGCUGUAUUACUUCUUAUAGUUUUUUAUCAAUUAAAUAAUUCUUUGAGAGUAACUGACAUAUAAUGACAGUAGUGCUCUUUAGUUUUAAUCCCUCAUUCAUUCCUAAUUGUUUUCUUAUUUAUAUGCUGCUUAUUUUUUAUUAUUAUUAUUGUUUUUUAAAUCCCCUUGGAAAUUAUUUGUACAGCUUCUUGUGAACUUGCUCUGGUUCUCAUCUAGAAGACUUACAAUUGAAACAAUCCCCGUUUAAUUUAUAGCAAACCAAGACAUUCACAGAAAUGCACAACACGGGGGGAGGAACCAAAAAACUAGGAAGCAUUUACAAAACUACAGUUUCAGCAGAAGUAACCUGAUCAAAGGUAUUGAAGUCUUCUUAGUUAUGGUUUUCCAAAAAGGCACACGUUGGUUAGGGCAGAAAAAGUGUUUUUUUUGUUUUAUUGUCUGUUUUUAUCUCGAGGAGUGUCUCUGUGUCGACUUUGUGUGCACAGAUGGGGAAGGAAAAAAAAAAAGAAAUGCAACACUGACAGGAUCUCAGCCCUAAACAACAACAAUAAAGACAUGAUGAUCACAGGAACAUGGGAAG